AUGAUCAUGUUUUGCGUCCCUACAAUUGUAUUUUGGAUUUUUGCUUGCAUUACAGACACAAAUGUUCCUUUAUGCACAUGGAUAUCCAACAUUGGCAUAAACAUAUGCAUUGCUGCUAUUGUUCAAUCAAGUAUAUGCUUAGUUAUGGUUCCAGUAGCUGCAGCUGCAAUUGCUUUUCUAUCUUUAGGAUCAUCACUAUUCAUAGCAUUUUAUAUCCUUGUAAGAGUAUCUCCUUGUGCAGGUGGUCCAGAAUGCUGUACUAAUUCCAUGUCUAACCUGACAAAAGAAAGUCAUGCAAUGAAUCGUGCAAGAAGCAAUAAUAACUGUUGCGAGUGCUGUUCAUGUUGCUCAUACUGCAAAUCUGGGACUUAUGAUCCAAUUCAGGCAGAAGAAGAAGUUUGUUGUGGUCUCACAGAAGAAAAGAUAGAAAACACGUAUGACUGUGUCAGAUUCCUUAGAGAUGUUCGUGCACCUCGUGUAUCCAGAGAAGAGCUCCAAUCUAUUAUGGAAGAAAACGCUUCUAUCCCAGCAACUCCAAAAGCGAUAGGUAUCGCCUUCCACAAGAAGGAUGAUGGAUACAGCAUUGAUAAAAGAGAAUUUGAACAAUAA